CUACACGGACCAGGCGGCAGCAGACACUUGGCUUCACAUGCACUCAACUCACAACAGCUAGCUAGCUAAACACUUUAUAGUUCCAUCUGAAACAGAAUCCAACAUGCCCAAGAGAAAGCAGGGAGCCGCUGGCGACGCCAAGGAGGAGCCCCAGAGGAGAUCCGCCCGGUUAUCAGCGAAACCAGCCCCAGCCAAGGCUGAACCCAAGGCCAAGAAGGAGAAACCAGCAAAGAAAGAGAAGGCUGUGAACGACAAGAAGGAGGAGAAGAAAACUAAGAAGGCAGCAGCGAAGGAGAACGCUGAGGCCGAGGCCGCUGAGGAGAACCACUCUGAGAACGGAGACGCCAAGACCAACCAGAUGGAGGAGGCUCCCGAGGCGGAGAAGGAGGAAGCCAAAUCUGAGUAGCAACACUGCCGACCCCUAACCCCCGACCCCCCCCUCCCCCCAGCCUGCCCCAGUGUUCGUGGUCCCCCUCCAAGGCAUAUUGUUAACAGAGGAAUAUUUUUAUCAAUGAUUUUAUAAGUACACGAUCUACUAUCCAUACAGAUUUUUAGCACAAAGCGAAGCUGAGUAAUAUGAUGCAGGUCUGCAGUGGUCAUAUCAACAAAGUGUCUGCAGGCAAGAUGAUGAACACACUAAAAUCUUUUUUAAACGGCGUUUCAUGAUUGUGUAGGAAGGAAAGCGCGUCCCGUCCCAUAGUGAGUUGUGUGUUCCUGUGCCCCCUCCUUCCUCCACAGUUGGUUCUCCUAGGGUUCUACCUUAGUCCUGGUUUAUUAACGGUUCUCCCUGAUGUUCUGUUUUGAUCCCGUCUGUUCUGUGCAGUGAGUUCCUUUGCUUUGUCUAAAUGUUCCUGUUUUUACAUUAAACAUGUUCUAAGCGUGUAGAAAGUGUGUUGUCCAAUAAGAAAGAGGAAGAGGAUCAUGAGAAACAUUCCGGGCACAGUGACAUGCUUGUCUCCUAGGCAACUACAGCAGCUGUGUCUGUGACAGCUCCCAUCUUGCUGGUUUUCUAAAGACGUUUUUUUAGAUGAAGGGUUCUCUGACGUGUGCAGGAGUCUGUCUGUCCCUCUGAUGUUCUGGAAUUCUCUAAUAAUAAAAAAAGUCCUGUGAAUUUUCCUCAAA